AUGAAAGGUUUGGUGUACUCUGGCCUCAAUCAAUGCGAGGUCCGCGACUGUGUAAUGCCGGCAAUUCAGUCCCCAACGGAUGCAAUUCUACGAAUGGAUCAUACAAGCAUAUGUGGGACGGACUUGCACAUCCUUAGGGGUAAUAUUCCUACGGUUGAACAAGGCAGGAUACUCGGCCAUGAAGGUGUUGGAACCAUUACAUCACUCGGGUCCGCAGUCGACUCCUUCUUUGUCGGUGAGACAGUUCUGAUCUCCUGCAUUUCCUCCUGUGGCACGUGCAGUGCAUGCAAAAGGGGUAUGAAUUCUCAUUGUGUAAGAGGGGGGUGGAUACUUGGGAAUGUCAUAGACGGAACCCAAGCAGAAUAUGUACGCAUCCCUCACGCAAACAACUCUCUCUAUAAAAUUCCAGGGAACAUCGAUCCUGGAGAAAUGGUGGUUCUGUCCGACUCUUUCCCAACCGGACUAGAGUGUGGAACACUCAACGCCAAUGUUCAACCGGGCAGUUCUGUCGCAAUUGUCGGGGCCGGCCCGGUAGGUAUUGCUGCAAUGCUCACAGCAAAGUUGUACUCCCCAUACCAGAUUGUUGUGAUUGAUAAAGAUGAAAAACGACUGGAGCUUGCUCAAAAGUUUGGUGCUGACAAAAUCAUCAACGUGCAAUCCUUCGAUGCCAUGGAGCAACUGGAUUCCGUUGUUGAUGGCCGAGGAUUUGAUUCCGUCAUUGAAGCAGUUGGUGCAUCGAAUACCUUUGACCUUUGUCAAAAACUAGUGGGCCCAGGGGGAUCACUGGCAAAUAUUGGUGUUCAUGGCAAGCAGGCAACCCUUGAUCUUGACAAACUCUGGGAUCGCAAUAUCAAUAUAAAAACUCGAUUAGUAGACACCGUCACCAUUUCCACUCUUUUGAAGCUUUUCCAAUCUGGUCGUCUCUCGCCAUCGUUGGUUACGCACCGUAAAUUACCCAUUUUCAAAUAUUUUGGAAGCUUAUCAAGCCUUUCAAUCGGCAUCAAAACAAGGUAUUUUGAAAUUAGAUGUAUAUUUUUGACGUUAAAUGUCGGCAACUUAGUUUCGGACAUUAUUGCGUUGGCAUUAAUCGGAAUGAUCAGUUCGUAUCCAAUCAACCUACGCCUCGGUAUUUGA